GAGGGGGCAUGGCCGCCCUCGCACCAAUCAAGAAGAGUCCUGGUGACGAUGACCCGGCGGCUGAGCCUCGACCUGGGCGAAGCCUGGGGAGUGCCAGGACCACGAGGACGUGCCAGGACGUGCCGGGACGCGCAGGGGCACACAGGCCCCAUGCACAGGCACAGCCCUUGCCGAAGAUUAUACGGGGCGACUAGACAGGCUGGGGUGGCCCCUGGAAGGGCGAGCCCACGAGACAGGAACCGGCGCUGCUGGCCAAUCACGGCGGCGCAGAUGCUGCUGGACCAGUGCGGCUCUGUAACGAUCUGAAGCAGAGCGGCCGGCCCACAGGGCCCCCACACCCUUUCAAACGCGGGCCCCAAGUUAGAGGAGUGGAAGAUAAUGGUGGACAACCAAGGGCCGGACCUGGACACUGGAACUUGCAACCCGGGCUCGGGGUGACGGACCUCAACCUCACCUCGCCUUAGCCUCACUGUCCAGGUGUCACACACACUCUCUCUCACUCUGACCUCAACUCGACCUCAACCCAGCUGGUUGACAGCCGUCCCUGCACGACGGUGGCAUAUGUGCGCACAGAACGCCGUUCCCCAUCCUCCGGAAACGAAAAAAAAGUCGGCUAAUGCUGGUGCUGCUGCUGCUACUACUACAUAGUACUACUCCAAACAUCACGCCCCCCAGCUGGGACAUGGCUAAAUGCGGGCUCCGUCAUGCUCUGCCCCAACACGGUCAUUGAUCGCCCAUCUGCCCCUCCGUUCUCGACGCGAGAGCAUAGCAUAGACGUCUGCUCGGCACGCCCCAUCUUCAUGUUGUCGCCUACGGUUCAAGUUGCCGGUCAAACAAUCCCUAUCUUGUCAUGUCCACUGCGCAUUCCACACGAGUUGGCAAUGCCUGCAUUGCCUGUGUCUGGUGGAUUACACACCUGGCAGAAGAUCCCUGAGACACAUAUCCACCAUCUGCCCCAUAGAGCCAAGGCCCCGCUUGUCCGGCUCGCGUACCACAGAACCACACAAUUCCACCCUGUCUAUUAUUAUUAUUCCCUUUGUGUUUGCUGCGACGGCCGGCCGAAAAGGGACCUCGUCCCCUUCGUCUUCGGUCGCGCUGUCCGAAACGAAAUCCACAUCAAACAGAACAGAUCUGAUCGAUGUAACGCAGGACCCGUAUUUGCGCCCUGCCUAGGCCUGCUUGGUGUCUUGGACCUGUUGUGUUUACCGCCCUUUCGCCUCCUGCCUGCGUCCCUUGCUGCCGGAUGCUAUAGCUUCCAGCCGCCCUAUGCACCCGCUCACAUUCCCCGCAUCUCCCCUUCUGGCCAUGUGUAUGUGUGCUUUACCCUCCUUCUCGGAAAGGCCUGGCCGUGGCCAUUGGUCUCUCGUUGCUCCACGUCCUGAGCCAGAGCUGCAGAAUUGUUUCUGGGCCGGGGUCAUGCAGAGAGGUGUUCAUGAGCGGUUGGGAUGAAUUUAGUGUCCGGCAGUAGUCGCCCAAGACUCUCGAGACCAUCAGAGACACACGCGCACAUUGUACACGCCUGCGUGUCUGUGGGUGUGUGUCUACAACGCGCUCGUCCAUCCCAUCCAAGUUGGUAGGGCUGUAACGGCUAGUCCAACAACUCAUACACCCCCUCCCCCCCCCAGCCGGUGACGACGAGCGAUACCGAUCAAGUGGUCUGGCUGGGAUAUACUGACGCCAUGCCCAGGCGCUCCCGCUCCCUACUGGCUGUGUGGCUGUCGGCGACCCUUGACUCAAAGCGUAUGGACCUUGCGGGUCGCCGGGAUGGUCAUGUCUGGGUGAGACUUCGAACUCUGAGGCUCUUACUUGAUGUGUGGGGAGCCUUGACAAGGGCUUGGCCACACCAGGCCCAGAAUGGCUGGGUGGAGCCGCACGUCGUUAUGCUUUAUUCUGCUGCCACACACUGCUGCCACACACCUCCGACCCGUCAACCUAGUCGGUACGCAACCUUUUUUUGGGGCCCACGGUUUCCAAGAGAAGGUCUGUAACAAGGCUAGAGCCUACCUGGACUGCCAGACCGAGCACCCCUGCCCAUCCGUCCCAAGGCUGAUAUGCUUCUUCCUCCACACGAUGGGUAGCGGUACCAUUCUGUGGUGCUCUCGCCUCGCCUCUCCGUCUCUUGUCACCCUUCCCUCCACCCCCCCUGGAUGGUGCGGUCGAUCCCUGGGCUGCUGGCCUGGCAUGGGGAGCCGGCGGGCCAGGCAAUACGCUCGAGCAACUAUUAUUAAUGCCCACUCCCUCCCGGAGAUCGUUUUGUCUUGUUUACUCCUUCUCUCUCAUCACGGUUGAUCCUGAUAUUCCACAUUACUGACCUUAUCACGACGCUGUUGCGUGUGUGUGUCCCUUUCUUUAAUAGUUUUUAUUCAUUUUAACGCGGCUGAACCCUGACGCUCAUUUGUCUUCUACGAAGGAGACCAACUGGAUUGGCUGCCCCUCCCUCUUUAGAAAUACACACACUUUUUAGUCAACGGUGUAAUCUGGUUUAUUCACUGCCCGUCGGUUUCAACCACCUUCCGAUUCUCUGCUCGCUUCUACCCUCGACGACAACGACGAACCUCGGCAGCAGGAACGACAGGACAAGACGCUCUCGACAGAACCAAAGCGUGCCAGGGAAAGGGCUUCACAAUAAUCUACCCCCUUCUUUUUUCGAUUCAGAACGCAGCUUUGGCCUGCGAGAAAUUAUUUGACGGAGAACAACUUGGAUACGUAUUCAAUUCGUGGACACCCACACCAACACGAACACAGCAACAUCAUGUCUCCGACCAUGGCCAUGACAAUGCCCGCGGCAAUGUACAACCCGACCUCUGAUGUUAUGGACCGCCACGAGUAUGGCAUCACCAAGAGUCGCAAGAGCUCUUCGACCGGAGGAGGCAGAGCAUGGAGCGAGGACGAGGAGGUUUAUCUUCUCCAGACCCGCCUGCAGAAGAUGCCCUACAAGCACAUCGCCGCCCACUUGAAGAAGACGGAGCUGGCAUGCCGCUUGCACUACCACCAGCUGAGCCACGGCAGCAACCGACGCAAGAGGACGACGUCCAUGUCGUCGAGCUCCUCGUCCAAUGGACACUCGCCCCUGAUGCAGGCCUCGAUCCCGAGCCCCAUCCAUGAGUCCCCCAGCCGCAGCGUGUCUCCCCCCGGGUCCGUCAUCAGCUACGGCCACCCGGGCUCCCCCGGCAGCGUGCAGCUCCCCAGCAUCAUGAACGCCGGCGUGGGCUCCGGCUCGUCGCCGCGCCUGCCCGCCAUCCUGCCCAAGCCCGCGGGCAUGACCCUGGCCCUGAGCUCCUCCAGGUACAGCUCGCUGCAGGACCACGCGCAGCAGCAGCACAGCGCGCCGCUGCUGCCGUCGGCCAGCUUCUCGGCCGCCUCGCACUCCAGGACCACCCCACCGCCCACCAUGGCCAGCGCGGCACACACGCCGGCGCCCAUGGCCCCGCUGCGCCUGGACUGCUCCGGGCUGCCCGCGCCCUCGUUGUCGUCUGCCGCCUCGUCGCAGCCCGUCGACAUGGGACGCCUGCAGGCCGUGUACAGCGCCCACCGCAACAGCUUCUGGUCGGCCGUGGCUGCCGACUACGGCAGCGGCGUCCACCCCGUCGCGCUGGAGCAGGCGUGGAGGUCGGGCGGUGCGAGCACCACCUCCACCGGCAGCAUGUCGUCGGCCCACAGCUACGCGGCACAGACCCCCAUCACGCCCAUCGGCAGCCCGGACGAGAGGGACAUCUACGGCAAGCAGUGCCAGGACAAGACCCGCAUCUCGGCCAUCCUGGGGAUCGACGCCAACCCGCGGAGCCCCAAGGAGAGGGAGAUGGUGAGAAGGAUGGAAGAGGAGAGGGUCAUGGUUGGUGUCGGCGCCUAAGAAGCAUCAGCCUCACAACAAGAUACCUGAACAGUGGACUCAUAUAUAUCCUCAAACUCACACGAUACAAAUGAGAGCCCUCAGGCGGUAGAGCUUUGGGCACCUGAUACCAGCCGUUUCCUUUGUACAACCUCUUCUUCUUCUUUUUUCUUUUUUCUUUUCUCCCUCUCAUUUGUCCUGUACGAUGACGACCUACGAGACGAUGAUGAUGGACGAUCGGGGAUUCUUGAGAGAACCCGGGACGCCUCUGCCUCUCCUGAUGUCCCCUUAUAGCCUCAACGGCCUGGGGACUCGGGGCACUCCGAGCACGACAUUGUGUGGUUUGACAGCAAAAUCUUCUCUUCAACCCGAUACCUGACCUUUUUGAGAACCUGGUGGCUUGGUGAAAGGCUUGAGGCGGGAGAGGAGAAAUUGUAUGUGUGUGUGUGUGUGUGUGUGUGGUUGGUCCAGGAGCUGGGGCGGCCCUAAUGGGAGUGAUGGAAAGGAUUGGGCUUGUUGGCGGGACGGACUUCUAUUUUCCCCCUCGGAUGGGUUGGUCUUGAAAUGAUAGCAUGGAGUCAUGCGGAUCUGGGAAGUCUCACACAUGUACAUGAUAUGCAUAUGAGCAAUGUGCAUUGGCAUCUCGGACGCGGUGUUCGGGGAGGACAGGCGGCCAGGCAUUGGUAGCUCAACAAAGAGGAACGUGCCGGCCGGCCUGAAGGGAACACGAUGGACAGCGAAUGGUGGCAGCGGUCUCUCUGUGGCUUGCUUGACUUGUGCAUUCAGUAUCUAGUGAAGGCGGCGCGGUGUGAGGGAGGUUGGGGGUAGCAAUACCAAUGAUCGUUUUUCUCCACUCCUGACAUGACAAUCUUUGUGUGAGCGCUGUCUACAGGUGUUCCAGCUUGAGCCACUUCAGGAGCGUCUGAC